AUGGUUGAAUAUAUUUCAAAGGCAAACUUACCUGGUGAAUGUGAACGACAAACUUACAUUGGUCUAGUUACCGGAGUAUUUCGCCUUAUCAAUUCCUUGUUCACUCCAGAAACGGCUUUAGCCGUGCUACCCACUGUAGUGAAAACACAGUUAUCUGUCGCUUUAUUGGAUGUAUCGGUGCUCAUUGAAUCAGAAUUUGCAAGGGAAUCACAAAAGUUUGGACUGCCAGCCUAUAUAGCUCUCUUCAAUUCUACAAUUUAUUCAACUUGGUUACUCUUUCAACAGCUUCGACUGUCCAUGUUCAGUUUAGUUGGUUUUCUUGAUAUUAGUGAAUCCUUUCAUAUACCCGAUUCAACAAAUGAGCAGGUUAAUGAAGCCAAUUUGAAUUUAGCCAUGGAAGCUGUAAAUUCACUUGAUAUAACUGGAUCGACACGUUUUGCUUCCAGUUUUGUACAAUUUCUUAGUGAGUUCUAUAUUACUCAUCAGAACGCUUCAACAACAGUUAUACGGCGUGGUCAACUUAUUCUUCUUAAGUUGCUUAGCCAUGAAAUGGUAGCCAUUCGUAAAACAACUUACUCUCAUUUGCUCAAACUGUUGAAAGUGUCCAUUAAUCCUAAUUUCGCUGCUAAUCCAUCGUCUUCAUUGGAAACUGUGAAUUUUUUGCUUGAAGAUGAAAUCUUAUAUGAAUGGAUUAAUUUUGGUUUAAAAGAUGAAAAUUCUGAGGUCACUUCAUUGGCUUCCGAAGCAUUCGCUUUGUUGUUGAAUUCAUAUGAUUAUAUUAGUGAUUCGGGAUGGAAAAAGUUACAUCGUCUAUUAAUUGAACCAUCUUCACCUAGUCCGUCGAUAAAAGUUUUCAGGCCUAUUACCAUAUCCUUGGGUCCAUUCGCCUUUAAAAAUCAACAAACGUCAAACUCAGAUAUUAAUACUCUUGGUAGUGUUGCACUCGAUUGGUGUUUGGGUCGUAUGAGUCCUAUCGGUAAACAGAAUUUAGAGGAUCAAAACUUGGAUAGACGCAGUUUAUUGCACAUUGUAACAUCAUGUUGUCGUUUAUUGUUACAUCCUGUUGGUGAAGUACGUUUUGAAGCUGCUGCUGUCAUUAGUUGGUGUUUACAAUUUCGUUGGAAUAACAUUCUAUCUAGUAGACCGAAUUCUUCUACAACAAUUACUGAAAAUCAUAUAGAUGAGAUAUCUUCAACUUCUAGUAAUUGUCGUGUAAUUACUGGAAUUAGUACUCAAAUAGAAGUUAGUGAAUCUGAUCAUAAACAUAUUUGCAAGACAAGUACACCAGUGCUUUAUAUCAAUUCAAAUUUAUGUACUGAGAAUUUGCAAAAUCGAUUGGUGACACAAGCCAAUUGUAAACCACCUCCAAUUCUUUUUAACCGAGAACAGAUAACAUCUAUGAAUCUUGGCAAUGAUUCCCUAGAGCCUAUUGAGUAUUUAAUUCAAAUGAUGAAAAUUUUGGCGGAUGACCAAGGAAAUAUAAAUGCGAGAAAAGCUGCCAUUGAACAAGUGAUCAUAUCUAUUCGGCGCCCUGCACUAUUAUCCGCUUGGCGUAUACACCAUGGACCUGAAUUUUUACUGAAUUGGUUUACUCAGGUUGUAAAUGAUUUGGUACUAUCUGUAAAACAAAAUCAGUCUCAGGAUCUUUUUAAUCCAAUAAUUAAUUCAAAUUCUACUGUUUUUGUCCUUACACCAUUGAUGGUACAAUUAGCUUGUCUAGCUGCUAUAUGGGAUACAUCGACACGAAUAAUUUUCUCUUGGGAACCAGACUUUCUGUUUAAUAUUAUUUACCUACUGAUAGUAUUUCCUGGUUCGAAGAAUUUUUGGCGUGAUCUAGUUGACCUGAUUACUUUGAUCGCCUUCACUCCUGUUAUUCAAGUUUCAAACGAAAAUCCUAUUUGUUUGCCAGAAGAAGUUGUAGCUGGAUAUCAGUUACCUUUUGCAUGUCCAACUUAUUCAUUUCGUUCACAGUGGCGUGAUCCUAAUGGUAACGAAAUAGUCAGUCCUUUUCGAUCUCUCUGUAAAUUAGCCAAUUGUACAAAUGAAGAUCAAAAUACACAAAUUUUGCGCCAUUUAGUUAGACGAAAUUUUCGAUAUCUUUGGUCUUUUGCUUGUCAUAAAGGUGUAUCAAAUUUAAUUACUCAUACAUUAUCGAUACUUGGUGCUCUUCCUGAUCCAAAUUUAGUAGAUCCAUCUAAUUUAGAUGUGUGUCUUAAACGAGCCUGUGAAUAUAGUCCUCUUCUCAGUCAGUUCUCCUUAUCGUGUUUAGAUGUUACGCUUCUACUCGUCAGCCAUCCAACUUCAAGUUUUCUACUCAGUUUAGCCUGUAUUCGUCAAGCGACAAAUCAUUCCUGUUUUUUGAAAUCAUUAGGACUUCUUUAUCGGUCAUUGUCAGCUCAUAAAAUACAUCAUCAUUGUCACAGUAUCACCAGAAAUUGUUUAUCAACCGAGGUGAAUACUAAUAUUGAAAUUGAUACUUCUAAAAUUUUUUGGUGGACUUAUGCACAGCUGGAUAGAUUUAUGACCACUUUGCCAUCUUGUUCAGCUGAUUAUAAUCUUCUUGCUUCACUACUGUGUACUAUUCAUGAGGUUGGAUUUCACUUAAUUCCGUCAACUUUGAGUAACUUUAUCCAUUCGUCUAAAGAAUAUCUGUGCAAUUGGUUGAUGUCACUUAUUGGAGACACACAAGGUCCACUAAGUUACUGUCUACUGCAACCUAAAGCUGGGAUUGGAGAGACGGAUAGUUCACGCCUGAUAUCUUCAAAACAACAUUUAAUUUACCAUGAACUUCCCUAUUUAUUAAGUGAUCUUUUCGAUUCCCUUGAUAAAUUGAAUAAUGUGCCAGAAGACAGCAAUCCAAAUAGUAUUAUUACAAAAUAUGCUGAACCACAGUUACACAGCAUUUGUGACUUGAAAGUAUACCAAGUGUGUUUCCAAUGGGCUUGCAAUACUUUGAAAGAAUUUGUCAGUUCUCCGUUCUCUGAUUUGGUUCGCUUGAAUCUAUUGGCUAACAUAUUAGUUCGACUAACAUCACCUAAAUUUGCCGAGAUUAUUCUUAUCCUAAGUGAAUGUGGACUAAUGGAACGUUUACUUAAUUCUGUGUCAAAAAUUCUAUCAGUAUUUAUUCAACGACGUAAUCAUCAAGCUAAUAAUUCAUUCAUGGGAUCUUCUGUUAUCGUAUUAUUUCUAAUGACAAUGAAUAACUUAAUUCAUAUUUUAUCUGGUCAAGUAUUUAUGCGACAAUUAGACUUAGAUGAUAUUUUAUCAAACAAUAUGGACUGCUUCCAUAAAUAUAUUGCUUGGAUUGACGAAGAAUGGCUCUUACAAAGUUUAACUUAUCGUCGAAUUGAGAUUCGGGCUCUGGCUUUGUCGAUUCUAAGUCUUGUGUGUUCAGUCCCAGUUUGGCUUCAUCGAUUACUAACCCACAAUGUUUCUGCCGAGACACGAGCACGAUUAUCUAGUGGUUUACUAAUAUGGUCUUCUCCUGGUGCCAUUUGGGAAAUAGCUUUUCAUUUCCUAUUGGAUUCAUCUGAAGCUUGUUGGGUCCGUGCAAUGGGAGCUCCUAUAGUAAAUGAAUCUGCAUUAAAUAGUGCAGAAGAAGCAGACCAAACUAACUCAUACAAUUCAAGUGAAUUGUUUUCUAUGGGAAUCAAUUCAGCUACUCCAAGAAGACAAGCAGCACCGAUUAAUAUUGCGCACGCUAACGUAGCUACUGUGAAUCUGCAAGAUAUUCUCAAUUCAGAUCAAUCUUCUCAACAGUUAAAAGAAAACAUAACUCAUCUAAUAGAUGUUUUGAAGCCUUGGACUGAUGAACUAUUCACAGAAGAUAGCGUAGUAACUGAUAUAGAUCAACAGACGCAUUCCUUGCCCGUGCGUAUCUCAGAACCCCCAAAGAAUGUUAUUAUGCCUGUUUAUUUAGAUCCAAAUACAAAUCUCUAUCUUAUUGGUCUGCCUGCUUUACAUCAGUUAUUAGUCUCAAAAGCGUUCUUUAAAUAUCUCUAUCGUUUGCUCACAUCCCAUUUACCUCAAACAAUGUUCACCGUAUCGUAUUGGCAUCGACUCACCUUUCUAUCUCACAACAAAACUGAACAGACUAUAACUAGUACCAAUUUAACCGAAUCACAGUCUUCCCCAUUGGUGCCAACAUCUAUUGCUACACCGGAAGCAACAGCUACGACUACGACAACAGGAACAAGCACAACUCAUUUGACUAAUUCAACUCUAGCAGGAACAAAAACAACUUCAUCUAACUCUUCAUCAAAUAUUUACUCAUCGCAUGUUUCCACUCCACUUCUUAUCAGCACAGUUAUUCAUUUGCUAGUUAAUUUAACGCAUCAUUUGCCAAAAUUUAUUUUAUCCGAAUUGAAGUUGCAACGUAUUAGUUCAUUGUUGAUGAAUAUAAUUGAUCCAAAUCUUUUACAAGCUAUUAUUCAGCAGGUUGAUAUGUUGAAUCCCAUUGAAAACAUUCCGAUUCAUUCACUAAGACCCAUUGUCGAUUCUAAUAUUACUACAAUAUACUCGAAAAAUUCAUGUAAACAGUUAAUCCAAUGUUAUACUGGUUGUUUACAUGUUUUACGGUGUCAGGCAGCAAUGAACGAAGAAAUUCGUGUAAAUUUAAUUUCGGAUGCUCUUUUUUUAACACGCAUUAUUAAUCUUUUAACCAUUCCAAAAAACUUUAUAAAUGUUAUGGCUCCGUUAUGGCAAGAGAUUUUCUCACUUCUAACCUGCCUACUGGUUAAUUCAAAUGAUGAAAAUUCAAAAAGCUUAAAUUUACGUUUAAUUUUGAAACCAUUAGCCAGUGUACUUCCUGAUUUUCUUGAUAUUAUUCUUACAUUUAUCGAUAAAGCUGAAUUAGAAAUAUCUAAAGAAUGUAAUUAUCAUCAAUCAACAAAAUUUUGUGUCUUUGCUCGCAUAGCCUUGCAUUUAUUGGCAGUAAUAAUGUCACAUCAGCGACCAGUAUCUUCAAAUCCUGUUGUCAGUCGUCUGGAGAAAGACCACACACUGGAGACUUUGAAGUCAAAAACUUCAACUUCUGAUAAACCAGUGAAGGAUAUUGUUUACCUGACUCGAUGUUUAGUACAGUUAUCUAAUUCCCGUCAGUGUUUCUCAUCAACAUAUUCUUCAUGGGAUGGAGUUUCACCUAGGAUGCAAAAUCAGAAUUCAAUGACAAUCAUUAUCAACUACAGAAAAUCCAUUAAUAAUGCUUUGCGAACGCUAAUCGGUAUAUGCCAUGCAUUUAAAAUCACUGCACUUGAAGAUGGUUUUAUAGAAGAACCGAAUUCAUGUGAUUCAAGACGUUCUAUAUCUUCUAAAGGAUCAGUUGAUCAGAAAUGUCAACGUCGCCAACUAGCUCUCUCCGCAUGGCUUAAGCUUUCAGAUGAAAUGAUUUCUAAUUUAGAAAUUUUGCAUAAUCUUGUAUAUAUGUGUUCAGAGGCCAGAAUCCGUGCUAUGGAAUCAGGAGUUAUUCUGUUAAUAAUCAACAUUUGGCCUUUGGCUCUACAAGACUCACGAAUUCUACAUACACUACUUGGUCUGCUAACAAAUUUAACUGCUGAUUGUCCACAAGUUUCAUCUAUUUUGGUUAAUCCUCCUAAUUCAUUGAAAAUUAAUCCAUGUGUAAUUUCCCAGUCAAACCAGAAUACAGGCUCUAAUAGGAGUAACCUUCAAACAAAUAGAUCUCAAAUUUCAACUGUCAAUUCAUCAAAUUCUGUAACGAUAAAUAGUUCAUUUGUUCAAUCAUUGUGUAAUUUAAUUCCAACACACAAUAAAUUGGUAUUAACGGAAUCAAAUAUUGGAUGUUAUACAAACACUCUGAUGACGAAUAUUUAUGGCAAACAAACUAGCAGUACACAUCAAGAAAUUACAUGUAAAUUAGUCUUCCAUUUAUUAGCUAAUAUGGUUUGGGCUACUGAAACACGAUCUUCUCUACUCAAAUUGAAAAUUCUUAACCAAAUAUCAGGAUUAAAUCCACGUACAAUGAUUAAAACUCGUCGGGGUCAUUUUAUGCUUACCCUUUGGUUACAGUUGUUAGUUAAUUUAUCAUUCUCUAAAGAUGGUCAACAGAUAUUGUUUAGUCAACCAAAUCUACCCGUAGUUCUAUACACUGAAAUCAAAUUACUGAUCGGAAACUUAGAUGUUCUUCAGUGUUUUCGUGAUAUACUGCUGGAUUCAAAUUCGGAUUCGAGUUCCUUGUAUUCAAUCACAGUUGUACUGAGUGCUAUUGAAGCUUCAGUGUAUGGUAGUAAAAAGAUUCGUGUAUUUAUGAAGUCAAAUUCUUAUUUACGCCAUUUGACAAAUUUUUGGGAGUUGUAUCAAACUAGAGAUGAAUUCUUGUCUAUUCUCCCAAGAAUUAAAUCACUGAUCACCAAAUUACAAGAGUGA